AUGUAUGUGGUGAUGGUGGUCGUGGUGGCGGUGAUGGUGAUGAUCGUGGGUGAUCGUGGAGAUGAUGAUGGUCGUGGAGUUGGUGGAGAUGGUGGAGAUGGCGAUAAUGGUGGUGAUCGUGGUGAUGGUGGAGAUUAUGGAGAUGGUGAUGAUCGUGAAAGCGUGGCUAUAGAGUUAUCCGUUUAUCGCGCGAUUUACUUAAUUACUUCUGGGGCUAAGUUCGAUGGGCAUUUCAUCGUUGCAAGUGUUUCUGCAACUUUUUUGACAGGGAAUUUUGUUCUGUUCCUUAGUAUUAUACCUAUAGAGGAAAACGAAGCGGCUCAAACAUUCGGCGGCAAAGUUUUCAAUCCGGAGGCGUACUGUGAAUUUUGCCAGGCUAAUAAGAGUCUUGGCGUUACAGAUUCGCAGUAUUCUUCAGAAGCACCGGAUGUAACCCUUGUGUUCAUCUCUCAAGACUAG